GCAUGUCAAUCCCAAGGACAGGGAGCCAGUGGGAAUUAACUUCCUGCGAUCGGAGGAAGCAUCAGACGUGGGGAUAUCCAAGAAACCAAGGAUCAGGCAAUUCAUGCAAUAGUACAACAAGGUAUUGUUUCACCAAGCUGACAGAGUCCGGGUCCUCGCGGUGGGACGACCUGGAUAACUGGAUAUCGAGGACCUUAUUGAAGGAUAGCCGAUAUCGGUGGAACCAUGGAUUUGAUCCAAAUCAGACAACCAAGUUGCUGACGCUCGAAAACAAGAAGGAAAUGACAUGGGGACAAUUCUUGGACAAAAUUUUAGAGAAAGUGGAUAGUCAAGUAUUAUCAGGGAACCUCCAUCUAGAUUCACUUACGUGGACCAGGCAGGAAUGGGCAAGCGCUUUAAAGAGCGAAAUCCCCCUUCGCGCCCCCCUGGACAAGUUAAGUUCGGGCAGCAACUUAUUAUUCGUGAUACUGUGUAUAGUAACAGGAUUGAUUGAGGGGAAAAACAACCAGAGCAAACUAUUUAUCGACAGAGGUACAGGGUGUUAUCCCGUGGAUGCGGGUCUGGAGUUCACCGUCGAUGAAUGGAAGCAGUGGAUAACCAAUAAAGAAGGAAGGAAGCGGAGGAGAGAUUCCCUGUGUUCCAGUGUUGGAGGAACUGACGGUUGUCAAGAGGCAUCCAUAGCCUUAAUAUUGAGUAUUUACGAGGCUUUGAAGGCAAUAUGCCCGGAAUGUGGCCCAUAUAGGUUGAGUUAUUGGAUAAAGGAAAAACAGGAGAAAGUGGAAUCGGAGCAAGACGAGUAUUGUUAUUUUGAGGGAGAACAGGAAAAUUGUCGUGACUCCCUCCAGGACAAAAGUCACUCACCAGUCUUGAUCACAAGAGAGGGGAAGUUCCGGGUACUAGAUAGACCGGAAGUCCAUAAAGUCGCAGAAGUGUUAAAGAGUGCCCAGGAGGCAGCCGAGAGCAUUCAUGAGGAUCUAGUUCUCUUAAGGGAGAAUUCAACGGACUCCAUCGAUAAAGAGGGGAGUGGGGAGAAAUCUCAGGAGAAUAAGGCAUCUUGCGAAGGGAAAUAUUCAAGAGAAGUUCACGAAUCAUCGCUCCCGCCGGACAACUUAACAGAUUCAGGAUUAAAAGAUCAACAGGAGGGGAUAAUUGAGGAGAAAAAGAGGGCCGAACACCGAGGAGAGGAUGAACUUAAAGACUCCGUGACGACCCCAGGGCUCGGGGGGGGGGUUUUGAGACGAAACUCAGCGGAAGAUGAGAGUGCUAUAAACUCUCCAGAACGUGCCCCUUCCGAGGCUUCUUCAGGGAAGGAAGUCACAGCAGCGUCAUUGGGGGAGUUCCUAUGGAGUUAA